CAGUCGCAUUAGCUGUAACAGUUCUAUCACGAAAUGGACCAUAUUUGGACGCUUUUUACUCUAAUGUCAACUUUUGGUGUCCUCAACGAAGCAGCAAAAGAUACCUUAAGUCUUGUAUUUGCCGGAGAUAUCAAUUUCUCGGACCCGGUUCGCUUUGAUGUCAAACGUCACCUUUACAGUUACAACGAUACCUUAAAACGGGUGGCACAGUACAUCCGAGAGGCCGACAUCGCCUUUGGAAACCUAGAGUCGCCCUUCGUUCCCAAGCAAGCGCUGUCUGGUAGAGUGCUGGUUGGGAAACGAAUAUUUCUGGAGGCUGAAAAGAAAAGCGCCCCAGCAUUGAGUUUCGCAGGGUUUGAUGUGAUGACAUUAGCAAACAAUCACUUGAACGACUUUGGUGAGCUUCCAGUGGAUUAUACAGUUAAUGCAUUGAAAGAGAUUGGAAUAAAAACUGUUGGUGUUACAUAUGGACCUUACAAUUCCCGUCAGGUUCCUCUGAUUAUGGAGAAGAAAUCAAUAAGGAUUGGGAUUCUUGCUUACUGUAUAACUCAAAGUAGCCCAAGAUAUAAAAACUGUAGUGAGGUCCGGAAAAUGUUCAAGUCGGGAGCCGCUCUUUACCAGAAAGAGAUCGCUACUAAGGACAUCAACGACUUGAAGGCAAAGAACGUGGACGUGAUCGCUGUUCUGAUGCACUGGGGCAGAGAAUACCGUCCCCGAAUGAACAACUUGCAGAGAGAGGUCGCUCAGCAUCUGACGUCACUCGGCGUCCAGCUGGUCAUUGGUGCCCAUCCUCACAUACAACAACCCUACAGCUACUUUGACAGCCGAUUUGUUGAUUACAGUGUGGGAAACUUACUUUUUGUCCAUGACUAUACUCCAGAUAAGGAGAACAUAACAGUUCCUUUCAAAGCCCUCCAGCAAGGACGCCUCAUUCGAGCUGAAGUUUCCAGAAAUGGGAUAAUACGUGUGCAAUCUCUGCCUUAUGAGAUCAGGAUCAACAAAACCAACCACUGCAUCCAACCGACUCCAGUCACAAAAUUUAAAUGGUCUGAUGUAUGUGGCCAAGCCGAUAAGGCGUGUUUGAGACACUGAAACUCUGUAUUGCUGUCAUAUAACAGACCAGAGAGUCGCUGGACGUACUUUCUGGCCGCACAGUUAUAGCCAGAAUAAGUUCUAAGAGAAAUUACUUUAUAAUAGACCUCUACAGCUUGUAUAACAAGGUAACUUGGUAUUA